UGCAGGUGCAGGUGCAGGCUGUGGCAGCAUCAGCAGCGUGCGUGCCAGUCUGCAACGAUGCAGUAGGCUAUCCCAAACCUCAAGUCCUGUUGUUCCGUCGUAAACCCAACUCAGGACAAUUUCCCAGAACCCAGAAGUGUAACCCUGUAACUAGCCUAUCCGAGCCACCUCGUUACGCGGUGAUUCAGAACAUCGUUUUAAGAUGAUGCGUGUUUAAAAAAACGGAAUCAGUGCGUCUUGUAGGCUAAACAUUUUAAUCAGUUCCCACCCGUCCCACUUCCCCUCACAUAAUUCAAGCGACAAAUAAGAGUGCUUUUGUCGUAACCAAAAAAGUGGGCUGUUCAGGCGUUUUUCCUACGUAGUUUCGGCCACCUCUCCAUCUCAGACUCUUUCUCUUACCUCCUUCGCUGGCGGACGGAGCGUAGCCUACUAGUAUUCUGCACCUUUCUUGUGUGUUUAACUAAAUUAUCAGUGACAUAAUUGCUCCAAUUUAAGGUACUGGGUUAAUCUACUGGGAACGUCUACCUGCAGAAGAUUCGUCAACGGAAAUACGUCCAAGAGAGAUUUUACGGACUUCCAAGAUACCGAUCAGAAAUGUUCCCGUCUCGACUGCUGGGAGCCAUCUGUCUACUCAUCGCCCAGUUCUCCAGCAUUGGCAGGACCGCCUCAGAUGAUGCAAGGCUACUACAGGUGACCAUCCCCAAAUCGCCACCAGCCGCUGCCAUUUUGGGUGGAUUCGUUGUGCUCCCCUGUCAUGUGUCCCUGUCGCAGUCACCCCCGACGGUCUCCACGGUGGGUCGUCAUGCCGUCCUCACCCUUCCGCGGGUCAAGUGGAGUGUUCUGUCCGCGGAGAAGGAGACUGAGAUCUUGGUUGCCCGCGGCGACCGGGUGAAGGUGAGCGAGGCCUACAAGAGCCGGGCUUCACUGCCGAACUACGCCACAUCCCCGGCUGACCUCACCCUGGAACUGGACGAGCUGCGACACAACGACACGGGAUUCUAUCGCUGCGAGGUUCAACAGGGCCUGGAGGACGCCCAUGACCUCGUCCAGAUCAAAGUCAAAGGGGUCGUGUUUCACUAUCGACAUCCAUCCAGCCGCUACGCCUUUUCCUUUGAUCAGGCACAGGACGCCUGUGAGGACAUCGGGGCCCAGAUCGCCACCCCUGAGCAGCUCUUGGCUGCCUACAACAGUGGAUAUGAGCAGUGUGACGCAGGCUGGUUGUCUGAUGGCUCAGUCAGAUAUCCCAUUCAGAUGCCACGGGAGGGUUGCUUUGGGGACAUGGAUGGAAUGCCGGGAGUCAGGAAUUAUGGAAUGCUCGACCCAGAUGAGCUCUAUGAUGUGUACUGCUACGUUGAGAACAUUCAAGGGGAGGUUUUUCACUCUGCCACACCCCAGCAGUUGACUUUGGCAGAUGCCAAAGCUUAUUGUGAAAGGCAAGGGGCAGAGUUAGCCACCACUGGCCAACUCUACGCCGCCUGGAACGAUGGCCUGAACCACUGCAGUCCCGGAUGGCUGGCGGACGGCAGUGUCCGCUACCCGAUUGUGACGCCCCGGGAACGCUGUGGUGGGCCCGACCCUGGAGUCAAGACUGUGUACCGCUACAGCAACCAAACUGGAUUCCCAGAGUCUCACAUGCUUCAUGACGUUUACUGCUUCAGAGGCAAUAAGGGCGCUCAGACAGAAAGCCCAAUGGAGUACAUGGCCACCGAGCCAGAGAAUCAGGGCCAAGGCAUCGUCACCCUCUCUGACCCCCUGGAGGAAUUCAGCUUGGGUCAAGUGACGGAGCCAGUGGAGAAUGAGGCCCAGGGUGCUGUUGAGUCCUUUCCUGUUCUCAGCAAACAGUUCCCGGGAUUAGGAAGGGUGAUAGAGCCUCCUGCCACCAAAAUGCCCCUUCAGGAGGGUACUCUGGCUGGAGACCCGUUCAGCCCCACAACUCCGGCGCCCAUCAACAUGGACACUUUCUCCACGCAUGACCCAUGGCAAGAGGUGCACGUGCUCACCAAUCCUGUUGAUUUCGAAUCAGUGCCAGAAAUUUACCGGGAGACCAGCGACCCUGCCCGAGCAGGAGGUGACUCCCAGGAGAACGACACGUACGAUCAUUCCUCUCCAAAAACAAAUCAAACUCCGCUGUAUCUGCCAACUGAACAAGAUGAACAUGGUUCUACUCCCCAACAUUACCAGCCAACGCCUGAAACCAGCUCAGGAAAUGAAGAAUCCUCAGUGCUUUUCAACACAGGGGGCACAAGUGUACCAGAAACAACCAUAAGGCCUUUAGUAUCAACACUGGUGUAUGAGGUGUCAGAAGAGGCCAAGGGUGGUUAUCAGACCACGCCAGAGACCAACCUGGGAUCAGCUGGCCCAUCGGAAUAUUGGGACGAUAAUAUUAAAAUCCAUGAGGGUUCUGUGGCCAGUCAUGAAAUGACAGAGUCCACCAAUGUAACGCAGGUCAAUCCCACCCAGGAAUAUGACACCUUAGAAGCAGUGACCUUUGAGGACAUGACGACACGACCCCUGGAGGACCUCACUGAUUCAACCCUUCUGGAGAACAACACAGAGCUUCCAUCCACCGACCCAACCCAAUCUCACGACCUGUCUGAAACGGAAGAUACGGAUCAAACCGACGCACCGGCGCUCACAAGUGGCGCUCACACGGAUGUUUCUGUUCACGAGGAACAGGACCAAGUCCAAACUGCCCGACCAACCCAGCCUUCCCUCGUGGACGCCACCACACUCCCUGCCCCCACAGAGGGAUCUGGGGAUGAAGAUGUGGAGGUGAUGGUGCCCAAGUUCUUUUUCACAGGAGAUGCUGAGGAGGCAGAGGUGGAGGAGAACGGCACGGCUGCCUCAGUGGAGUCGGCAGAGCUGGUCACCCUGACCCCAGACGAUUACACAGACCACACAUCUCCUGACCACAUCCGGGUGACAACAACAGGCUUUGAUCAGGAGCGGUCUAGUACACCAUCUCCGUAUUCCCCCACCACUGUAGACAUGGUGGAGCAGAAGGCAGGUGCGACAUCAGAAGAGUCAGUUUUGUUCCCAACUGAUCAUGAUGGAGAGCAUGAUUAUAGCCAGAUGCCUACCAUAGCAGGCGGGACAGAGGGAGGUUCUGGCGAAGGCUCGGGGGCUCGUGGUGAUGACGACGUCAUUUCAGUUACCCUGUUGACCUCCCCCGUGCCCUACACGCUUGCCACUCCGUUGGACACACGGCAGAUGGUGGAGGUUGCAUCGGGCACUCCGCGUAACCUGGACGUCUUCAUACCGGAGAGAACCACCCUGUCUGCCUUGGGAGUGUCCCUGGAGGACCUAGAGAGGGUGGAGCAGGAGGGCUUGGGGGAAACCCCUGACGUUCUGUACACCACAACCGCACAGUACUCAGAGACGACACUUAGCCACGAGGGGAGUGGUGAAGAGGGAAGCGAGUCAGAGGAAGAUGAGGUCGAGGAGCCUGUGCAGUCGUCUAGUGGCACAUCUGUUCUAGGUGAGUACCCUGACGCCCUGCAGUUCAAUGUCACCUCUGCCCCUUCCUUAAACCUCACAGAGAGUGAGGAUGAAGACUUCACUGGCCUUCUUGAGGACGUGAACGCCACUGACAGUUUUGAUGCUCUGGCCACCACUGACACACUCGAGGCUGAAAGCACCACAGACACGUCGCACAUUAAUGUGGAGGUCACUCUGCUUCCUGGCGAGACACAGACCCCAAGCUGGGGGACGCCGAUGUCAUCUACAGCACAAGAGUCUCGCUCCGACCUGGAAUUCAGUGGUCAGACUCGCACCUCCACCACCUCAGGGGACCACUUAGACUCGUUAGAUACAGAGUCCACCACCUCAGGGGACCACUUAGACUUGUUAGAUACAGAGUCCACCACCUCAGGGGACCACUUGGACUCGUCAACCGAGACAGACUCCACCACCACAGGGGGGAACCUGGACUCGUUUGCUGAGACAGACUCCACGACCACAGGGCAGUCCCUGGACUCAUCAACAGAGACAGACUCCACGACCACAGGACAGUCCCUGGACUCAUCAACAGAGACAGACUCCACCACCACAGGACAGUCCCUGGACUCAUCAACAGAGACAGACUCCACGACCACAGGACAGUCCCUGGACUCAUCAACAGAGACAGACUCCACCACCACAGGGCAGUCCCUGGACUCAUCAACAGAGACAGACUCCACGACCACAGAGGGGUACCUGGACUCUUUAGCUGAGACAGACUCUACCACCACAAGGCAGUCCCUGGACUCAUCAACAGAGACAGACUCCACGACCACAGAGGGGUACCUGGACUCUUUAGCUGAGACAGACUCUACCACCACAAGGCAGUCCCUGGACUCGUUUGCCGAGACAGACUCCACCACCACAAGGCAGUCCCUGGACUCAUCCGCCGAGACAGAUUCCACCACCACAGAGUACCUGGACUCGUCAAGUGAGACAGAAUCUGUCACCACACCCCCUCUAGUUGUCACCACCAUGGAGUCAGAUGAGGUUCAUAGCCCCACAACCACAUUAGCUCCAGUGGAGCUGGACCUUCUUGAUGAUCUGACCGUAACAACCGCCACCACCACCACCUCGGUAGAAGAGGAUGUUGAUGUUGAUGAGGAGGAGGUGACGCCUACCGAGCCUGCUAUCCAACGACCACUGCCAUCUCAAAGAGCGGUGAUCGUACGGACGGGGAACCUCUCAGAUGCCUGCACGGAGAACCCAUGUGCUAAUGGUGGCACAUGUGUUGAGAGUGGAUCCACCACCAAGUGUCUCUGCCUACCAACCUAUGGAGGGGAUUUCUGCCAGAUAGACAUGGAACACUGUGAGCCGGGCUGGGAGAAGUUCCAGGGCUUCUGCUACAGACACUUUGUGAAGCGCCAGAGCUGGGAGGUUGCGGAGCAGCACUGUCGCAUGUGCGGGGGCCACCUGGUGUCAGUCAUGAGCCCAGAAGAGCAGAAUUUCAUCAACGAUAGGUACAGGGAAUACCAGUGGACCGGGCUCAACGACAGGACAAUCGAGGCAGACUUCCGCUGGUCUGAUGGAAAUCCUCUGCUUUAUGAGAACUGGUACCGCGGGCAGCCCGACAGCUACUUCCUGUCUGGGGAGAACUGUGUGGUGAUGGUGUGGCAUGACGACGGGCGCUGGAGCGACGUGCCCUGCAACUACCACCUCUCUUACACCUGCAAGAAGGGCAUCGCCUUCUGUGGACAGCCCCCUACUGUCCUAAAUGCAAAGAUGUUUGGCAAGCGGCGCCUCCGCUAUGAGACCAAUGCCAAGGUGCGCUACUACUGCGAGGAGGGCUACCUCCAAAGGCAGAACCCAAUCAUCAAAUGCCUCCCCAACGGCCAGUGGGAGGACCCUCAGAUCACCUGCACAUCAGCCUCCCCUGAGUCUCCGGCCAUUGUGUCGACGUCUGUGGGUACGGAGGUGAUGGUGGAGGACACAACGACAGAGAAGGCCUCGCCACAGUUUUGGGACAUCAAGUGGAGCUUCUAAGAAUCUCACAGGAACCCAACAGAACUUCCUCAUCCAUAAUCCAUUGUCAUCCCAAGACCCAGGAGAUCCUCAUCCAUCACAUAGUCAGAAGCCUCACUGUCACCCAGCGUUUUUAGCAUUCUUGAAAACUGCACAACUUCUUCUAUCACCAGCAAUAUACAGACCACAGGAUUACACAUUGUAUAUUUCCCCAUGACACGGAAUUACAAAAAUUUUCGUAAUUCUAAGAUAUCAGUCACAACACAGCAGUUAGUGACUCGUUUGCUAAUUUGUUCACUCACAAGAUGUUUAGCUGAUAGAAGACACAAUUAAAAAAAAAAGAAAAACAUCUGAAAAUCUCAGUUUAAAGUGUUCCAUAUCUGGGAGAAUGGGUUUUCUUAAUCCUAAACUGCCAUACAGGUGCUAAGGCAAUGUUAGCCAUGCUGAUACAGCACAACGAGAGCAUGAGCUCCCAAUCUCAGCCGGUGCAACUCUAAUUAAACAACUCCAUUAUUACAUCUCUGUUUUAUUCUACAUUCCAGAAUGGAGAUUUCUGAUUCCAUUCUUCAGCCUGGUUUUGUUCCCCCUCUCCCUCAUGUUUCUACCAAGUCAUCAUCUCUAUCUGGUGCUGUUAUUCAGGUCUGUCAGAAGCUGAGGCUGAUACCAGGUCUACUGCUGUAUGUAAUUAUCAGUUUUGAUUGACUAACAUGCAAGAGACAGCAGAACCAAGACACUGUAGUGUUGUUGUUUGUUAUUGUUAUUGUUGUUGUUGUUAUUGUCCAUAGAUGGGUUUUGAAAACAAGUCAAGACAAAAAGAGAAUGACCUAAAAUGCACUCAAUUUUUUCUUACGUGGAGGUGUUUCUUGAAAACACUGUGACACAUUCUAAUGACCUUUAAAAACAUAUUUUCCUGUUGUGUUUCACCUAACCUGAAAUCCUGUUUUCUAUUUAGUCCUGGUAGAAAUGAAUGAUAACAUGAACUGUAUUUCCCCCACUCUCCCUAGUUCUGCAAUGCUUUGAAAUUCUUUUUUUUAGGUUAAGGUCACCUAAAAAACAAGAAAAAAUAAACAUCUAACACUCAUUCAAGCUUUCCUUGACAUGUUUAUGAGUUGAAAUUAAAUUGAAUCAUAGAUUAUUGUAGAUUACAUUUUUUAACACACUAACUAAACUUUUAACUAAACUAAAGAUUUUUAGCACUUUCCUAAUUAUAUAAUAAAUUCUGUCUUCUUAUGCUCAUGUAUUCUUACCUUUAUUAUUUUUACUUUAAAAGUUAAAGGUCAUCUGUAGAGUUGACCUCUACAAAGGCUAACAACAGUUUAUAUUUAGUUAGCUGUCAGGGGUGCGUUUCCCAAAAGCAUAGUUGCUAACCUGUUAGCAACUUAGUUGGUUUGCAAUGGGAAAUUGCAUUGCAACCAACAAAGUUGCUAACUUAGUUAGCAACUAUGGUUUUGGGAAACGCACCCCAGCAUUGUGGGAAAAUAUUAAUGAGUAUGUAAUUGAGCUGUGCUCCAAUUACAUCUGUAUCUGUAACUGUGAAUUUAAAUAAAAUACAUUUACAUCUAAAUACAUUUAAAUAAAAUCAAGCCAUUAGGUGCCAUCUGGUCUAUGGUACCCACAAUUUAAAGCAUACAGCUUGUUCCAGGAUUUCAUAACUGAAUAAAGGAAGUCAUCUUUUACUAACAA